GAGGAGUCUCUUUACAUACCCGGAAUUAGAAACGUGUUUUUUUUUUUUUUUUUUGAUGCUGAAUUUUGAUACAAGGGACUGCGAUUAUCGGAGAAGGCAGCGUUAGUCUGGCGGUGAACCCAGUUGCAGGCAAUGGCUGCGCCGCCGAAUAGCCGGCUUCAGAGUAUGUUGCAGUCGGCGGUGCAAUCAGUUCGAUGGACUUACAGUCUAUUCUGGCAAAUCUGUCCCCAGCAAGGGAUCUUAGUGUGGGGAGAUGGGUAUUACAAUGGGGCAAUCAAGACUAGGAAGACGGUGCAACCAAUGGAGGUCAGCGCCGAGGAGGCGUCCCUCCAGAGAAGCCAGCAGCUAAGGGAACUCUACGAAUCGCUGUCUGCUGGAGAAACCAACCAGCCAGCAAGGCGGCCAUGUGCCGCCUUGUCGCCGGAGGACUUGACCGAGUCGGAGUGGUUCUACCUGAUGUGUGUCUCUUUCUCAUUUCCUCCUGGGGUGGGGUUACCGGGAAAGGCAUAUGCAAAGCGGCACCAUAUAUGGCUUGCAGGAGCAAAUGAGGUCGAUAGCAAAGUCUUCUCUAGAGCUAUUCUUGCUAAGAGUGCUCGCGUACAGACUGUGGUUUGCAUUCCUUUAAUGGAUGGCGUGGUUGAAUUUGGCACCACUGAGAAGGUUCAAGAGGACCUUGGAUUCGUCCAACAUGUAAAAAGCUUCUUCACAGAUCAUCAACUCCACAACCACCCCCCUAAGCCAGCACUCUCCGAGCACUCCACUUCGAAUCCCGCCACCUCAUCAGACCACUCGCGUUUUCAUUCUCCGCCGAUCCAGGCGGCAUACGCGGCAGCUGACCCACCAGCAAGUAACAACCAAGAGGAGGAGGAGGAGGAGGAGGAAGAGGAGGAGGAGGAGGAAGAGGAAGAAGAAGAAGCUGAGUCCGACUCGGAGGCGGAAACGGGGCGAAACAAUCGCAGGGUGAGGACCCAGAACACGGGGACUGAGGGCGUGGCAGGGUCUCACACGGCAGCGGAGCCGAGCGAGCUCAUACAACUAGAAAUGUCGGAGGGCAUACGGCUGGGAUCACCAGAUGACGGCUCCAACAAUCUGGACUCAGACUUUCACAUGCUGGCUGUGAGCCAGCCAGGGAGCUCAGUAGACCAUCAGCGCCGAGCUGACUCCUACAGGGCGGAGUCGGCUCGCAGGUGGCCGAUGUUGCAGGACCCAUUGUGCAGCAGCGGCCUCCAACAGCCUCCACCACAACCACCGACAGGGCCCCCUCCAUUGGAUGAAUUAUCACAUGAGGACACACACUAUUCACAAACCGUCUCAACCAUCCUUCAACACCAGCCGAACCGGUGGUCGGAGUCGUCGUCGUCCGGAUGCAUUGCGCCAUACUCCAGCCAAUCAGCGUUUGCCAAGUGGACUACCCGCUGCGACCAUCACCACCACCCCAUGGCUGUGGAGGGCACCUCCCAGUGGCUGCUCAAAUACAUCCUCUUUAGCGUUCCCUUCCUCCACACCAAGUACCGCGACGAGAACUCUCCGAAAUCCCGCGACGGCGACUCCGCCGGUCGGUUCCGCAAGGGAACGCCUCAGGACGAGCUCAGCGCCAACCACGUCCUCGCCGAACGCCGCCGCCGCGAGAAGCUCAACGAGCGGUUCAUCAUACUCAGAUCGCUGGUGCCGUUCGUGACGAAAAUGGACAAGGCUUCGAUUCUCGGAGACACGAUAGAGUACGUGAAGCAGCUUCGGAAGAAAAUCCAAGAUCUGGAGGCUCGAACACGGCAGAUGGAGGUGGAACAGCGAUCGAGAGGAUCCGAUUCGGUUAGGUCAAAGGAGCAUCGCAUCGGGUCCGGCGGUGUAGAUCGGAACAGGGCGGUGGUGGCAGGGUCAGACAAAAGGAAGUUGAGGAUAGUUGAGGGGAGCACCGGCGCGAAGCCAAAGGUGGUGGAUUCACCACCGGCAGCGGUGGAAGGCGGAACAACCACCGUGGAGGUGUCGAUAAUAGAGAGUGACGCAUUGUUGGAGAUGCAAUGUCCGUACAGGGAAGGGCUGUUGCUGGAUGUAAUGCAGAUGCUCCGAGACCUUCGGCUCGAAACGACGACGGUUCAGUCGUCGUUAACCAAUGGGGUCUUCGUGGCCGAAUUAAGGGCUAAGGUGAAGGAGAAUGCCAGUGGGAAGAAGGCAAGCAUUAUGGAAGUAAAGAGGGCAAUAAACCAAAUAAUACCCCAGUGCUGACCUUCCAUAUAUAUAUAUAAAUAUAAAAAAUGUUUGUAGAGAUAAUCAAUCCACUGAUGGAUGGCCCAGUAGUGAUGCAGAGGGUUCAAUAUAUGGUAUUGUUGCUGAUGUUGUAGGCGUUUGCUAGAUAAAAGAUAAAGGCUGUAAUACCAAAUUAUUUUCUAACAUGAUGAUAUUCAAGUGUAUGUUCAAAUCUAACAUAGAUAUUCAAGCUAAAAUUAGCUCUCAA